AUGCCGAAGGAGAACUUACUUCUUGUUUUCGACGAUGGAGACGCUAAAGAGAAAACGCCAUUACGCCGCCACCGUCCCAAAAUGAAAGCAAUGCUGUCCAUAGCCCUGGCUAAAGCUAAGACAGCCGUCCUCCUGGACAAUGCAUUAAAUAGCGACAAUGCAAUAGAAAAUCAUGCCGAAGCUUGCGCCCUACUACAGCAGAUUAUGCUGCGAAGCUCUGACGUGGCUGACCGGAAGAGGCUGUCCGCUGUUCGUAAGUCCUAUUCGGACCGAAUUGCCGAGCUUUAUGAUCUCGAUGACCCUUUCGCAGGGCUGGAUUCGAAAGACCUGUUCGAGGAUCCGCCGUCGGACAACACCAAUGGUGCGUUCUUUCGAAACAACGUCGAGACGUCCGCUAUCGAUGCCCCGGACCAGAUGCAUAUUCCCUCUUGA